GAUUGUCACGUUUCUUUUUCGAGAAGUCACUAUUUCCGAAAAGUUAAAGUACACUCUGACACGGAACCUAACCCAACUCAUUCUGGAAUUACCUACCGAGCGAUAAGCGUCGUACUAUAUACAUGUCAGUUUACCGAGAGAAAGUACAAAUCUUGAUUGGUUGGGGAUCAAUGUCCGAUGUGACACACCAGCGCGGAAGUGUAGUGACAUGAGCGAGAGCUGGGUACAAGGAACUUCAUAUUUAGAACGUCAACUUCCCGAUCCAGCUUGCAGUUCAGAAUUCACUCCUCGAUGUGGUGAUAUCUGCUUGUGGGGCAGGCAACGAGCCCCAUGAAACAACAAAAGAAAUAAGGCAGCACCCGAGUUGGUGGUGAUCGUCAGUUUUAUUAUUGACUCUUGAAGUAUUAUAUGAGUUUUUUUCGACCAGAAAGCACGAGUAACAUCGGUUAUCGCGACAGUCAUCAAGAUUUUAGUGAAAGCUGAAGCCUCUGCAUUUUCAGGCUUAAGAUUCUGAAAUUCAAGAAGAUGAAUCGGGGGCCAAAACUGGAAAUCCGCUCCAGAAUAGACGGGGCAUGGUACGAUGGUGAUCUUAUAUUGGAAGGAAACCUCGUGCGUGUUCAUUUUUCGGGAUACUCCCGCGAUGACGAUGAGGUCUGGAGAAUAUGCGCUGUGCAGGAUAAACGUUCCAUAAUUGGAACAGAAAAAGUAAGAUUGAGAUCUCGACAGUUUCAGGACCAAGAAUGUUCCAGUAUUAAGGAGGGCACUGAGAUCUGUGCAAUCUUGAGAACGGACGAGUUUAUCAAGUAUUACGACGCUGUUUUGAUCAAGGUCAAGAGAACACCUCACAUACACGGCGUUUGUUUUUGUUCUUUUCAAGUCGCAUGGAAAGGAGGACCUAGAGAGGGUCAAAAAGCUUAUUUGAAAUGUGGCGACAUUUGUGUUCUGAGGUUGAACAAAGAAGUACUCUAUCGACAUCCUGUCAUCAAAAUGCUCACAGAUCUGGCAGGAAGAAAUCCCAAAACCAGACUUUCACGCGUCGAACAAACUCGAAAGAUGGAGAAGAGAUAACAAUUAUUCCUCGUGUGAAAUAAACAUCAAGAAAGGAGGGAUGUAUUCUGUAAAAAAGGAAGAGUUUGAAGUUUCUACUCAAUGAGAUCAAGAUCCCGGAAAGAGUCGACGAUGAUGGAGAUAAUUUGUCAUAGGGAGAGUAGACACUUCUGCAUUGUACAGUUUUUUCUGUUGUGAACACUUUUACGUCGUUGUUUUCACGAUGUCUAAAAUUGUAUAUCUUUCAUUUAAGUUGCAACUGUUCAGUACCACUGACAACACAACACCUCUUGCGUUCAAGAUUUCAUUUUGUCCAGGACCGAUUCAGAUCACAGAAAAAAAACACG